AUGAGCACCUACGCCCGCCUCUCAAACGUGACAAGCACCUCGUGGCAGGAACCGGAAGACCCUGCCAGGCACCUGCGCGUUGAAGAACUAAUUGUAGAAGAGAAAGAAGCGAAGAACUGGGCGGGCAUUAUUCUAUCCGUGGUCGUCAUCGUGAUUAUCAUCAGUGCUGUGGUUUUAACGGUCUUCUUAGUUACUCCAGAUCCAGCUAUUGAAAUUGUCGGAGACAAGUUAUCUGUGGACGAUUAUGCAGAUGGUUCUUACCAGGCGUUCAAACUUGAGGUCACGUGGUCUGCAGAAGAACUAUUGCGGUCUGACUCCAUGAUGUGGCUUUCACCAGACGACAGUUACCUCGUGUACGUCGAGAAUGACGUCACUUCCGUUCCAUCUAUAAACAUGAUAGAGUUUGGAGAUUCGAGCAACGCCUAUCAUGGCCUAAAGAACUUCCGGACGUCUUACGUUACAUCAGUGACGUGGUUUAACGACGUAACGUUUGCCGUCGCAUGGCUGCAUCCCAGACAGAAUGAGUCCGUGAUCUGCGUCUGCGUUGCCAAGACCGGAUACUGUUACGACAACCUGUGGCUGACAGCGGCAACAGGUUGGAUUGACCCGGUCACCCAUCUUUUGCCGACAUCUAACGGUGAGGAGUAUUUCCUGGUGACGCCACGGCCUAACGGUGCGGGAGACAGCAUAAACAGUGUGGCCUUGGUGGACGCCAGUGUAGAUAUCACGGCGACUGGAAUUGAUGGUCGGAUGAUUUUUGUCACAGUGAAAGACGUGGAGGUUGAGCGCAUCGUUGGAUAUAGCAACCAAUCAGUUUAUUUCCUCGGCAUACCAUUAAAGAAUUCCACGCAACGCCAAUUGUAUAGCGUCUACGUCAACAAAGCCGUGCAUUCGUUCCGUCAACUGACGUGUGUCACGUGCAACGUGAAUUCGGACUGUCUGUACGUAGAUGCGGACUUCAGUCCUCACGGGCAGUAUUACGUGCUAGAGUGUUUGGGACCCGGUGUGCCUUCGUAUAGUGUAUAUGCAACCCCUGAUAGUCACGUAAAAACUCUGGAGGACAAUUGGCAGCUGCGCGCGCACUUGGAAGGGAAACUCGUGCCCUGGUACAAGUUCUUCAACAUCACGUUGCCUGACAAAUCAUAUCUUUUAGCCAAAGCGAUCAUGCCCCCAAAGUUGAAUAUUGAGGAAGACAUCAAAUACAAUGUAAUCAUAGUUCCAAACAGCGGAAUCGGACAACACACCGUUACCAGCAAGUUCGAGCUAGACUGGCUGCAAGUCCUCGUGAGCAAACGCAGCGUCAUAGUGGUUACCAUAGACACAAGUGGGUCGAGGGGUCGGGGAGAAGCGUGGCUCAAGGCUGUCCGAGGCAACCUUGGGGCCCGUGAACAAGACGAAGUACUUGCCUCUAUGAGGUACUUUCGACAACUUCAUUAUGUCAACGAAAAUAUGGGAAUUAUGGGAAAGGAUUAUGGAGGUUUUGUGAUCUUGAGGGCGACGAGUGCAGAUUUGAAUGACGUCUUUACAUGCGGGGUCGCUAUAUCACCUGUUGUCAACUUCCCGCUUAUGAAUGUUGUCUUUAACGAUAAAUACUUGGCUUCCGAAGGAUACAGCAUAUUACAGGAGCCACCGUUAUUUCAACACGUGGCCAAUAUGAAGAACCAUUCAGUUUUCCUUUUGCAUGGAAUGCUGGAUAACCGAGUCCAUUUCCAGCACACCGCUCAAUACAUCAAAGCCUUAGUUGCGGCAGGAGUAGCGCAUCGUCAACAGAUUUACCCUGACGUUCGCGAUCUCUUCGAUGUCCGCAGCAAAUCCCACGUGGUUACCAGUGUAGAAGGCUUCUAUACCCAGUGCUUAGGUCUCGAUCCGAAUGCAGACCCGGAUGUUGUGCUAGUGGAAGAGGAGGAUGACUGAGGAACGUCCGUGAUGCUCUUGUCAUUCAAAAAACGUCCUUAAUGAACAAUGACGUCAUAAUAUAUAGGGACGCUCAGACUCAUCAAUAAAAACCACGCAGGACGGAACAGUUUCAAGAAUAUUAUAUAUUCUUUAUUCUAACAAUAGGUUGUUGAAAACGGUCAAAACAUUACGAAGGUUAAAAAUAUUAUUUAAAAAUUAAACACCAGUCUACUAUCACUAAAACGCAUUUUAACUGUUGCUUUGUGAAAUGAAAAUAGGCCUGUGUGAAAACCAAUAUUUUCUGCAUUGCAAACAACGCUGGUAACCCGUACUCAUUAUUAGUGCUUAUAUUCAUUAAGUGUUAUCUAA